AUGACAACCUCAACCAAGAGCCUCGAGCUAGCUCAGCUGGCCUUUUAUGGUAUUGCUGCUAUUCCAGCUAUAUACUGUUUCAUUGCACAUCGAAAGCAUGGGAAGCUUGGAUGGCUGUAUGUCUUCGUGAUGUGUGGCCUACGGUUGGUAGGAAACGGCAUGUUAUACCACGCACUGUCCACAACUGGGCAGCCAAGUACACCCGCUUCAAUUAUCAGCGGGAUUGGUCUCUCGCCGCUCUUGCUGGCAGCCCUUGGAAUUCUGCGCGAAUCCAAUCAUUCGAUUCAAUCAUCGCUGCCUGCGAUUCUCGGUCCGUUUGGCCUUCUGAUUCCCCACUUGGUCGUCACUGGGGGAAUUGGUCUCGCUGCUUCCAGUGGCAAGAAUUUUCACUUGUUGGAAGUUGGGCUCAUUAUCUUUGCCACGGGGUGGUUCAUUGUGCUAGGUCUGAUCAUAGCUUCUGCCAAAGCAAAUUCUCAUCACCGUCGAGUAGACGACGAGAAAAAGCUCCUCUUGGCUGUGAAGAUUGCCGUGCCUCUCAUCGGAGUGCGUAUUGUCUAUGCGAUUGUGAUUGCCUUCAAAUACCAGAAUAUCUCCGGUGGAAGCCUAGCAGUGAAGGUUGUCUUUGGUAUACUUCCCGAAUUCCUGGUCAUGAUCAGCUAUCUCUCAGCUGGUCUCAUUACUCGGCAUCUGGAUCGCGACCGCGUACAGAAGAGACCACAGCCAGACUCCAAUACUGCUUAUACUUGUGUGUGA